UGUUAUUAAGUCGCAAGAACCGCACUUGGGGGGUGGCAACUCCUUUUUUACUCAUGGCGAGGAGCUGUUUUUGUUUUGUUUUAGAUGGUUACUAAAUACGGGGAGGAAAGCUGAGAAACCUCAGUGUGAAGCGUGUCUUGCAAAACGGCAAGAACAGAAAAAGAAAACAAGAAAGCGUUAAUUCCACAAAAGGCGUCCGGGGCCUUGGAAAGCAGAGCCUCCGUUGGAUUCUUCUUCCUUGUGCUGUCGCAAGGGGCAGCACCGAUGUUUGUUGCGGCCUGCAAGCAGGGCGGAAGAGGCCCUCGGUACCGCCCACCGCUGUAACGGUGGCAGCAGCCAGGGGCCUGGCGCAAUAGCGCUUGCCCCUUUCCUUCCCCUGGGCUCUGGCUCGGUGGGGCUGUCAUGGCUCAGGUGAGCGGUGCAUGGCAGCCGCGGACUGAGGCUGCCGAAGCGUCCCCGGAGCAACCCGAGAGCUAUCAGCUCCGCCAGGAGAACGAGCUGCAAGUGUUGGACUCUAUCUACGGGCGGGACUUCCAAGACUUGCGCCUUGGCCAGCCGUGGAAGAUACGACCGUCUCCAGAAAUCAAUCUUGUUUUGCGACCUCAGGGCUUGACUGGUGAUGAUGGAGUUUAUGCCAGAGUUGACUUGUAUGUCAAAUGUCCUCAAAAUUAUCCUGAUGUUGUUCCGGAACUUGAGCUGAGAAAUGCAAAGGGCUUGUCAAAUGAAAACAUUAACUUGUUAAAAUCCAAACUUGAGGAACUGGCAAAAGAGCGUUGCGGAGAGGUGAUGAUAUUUGAGCUGGCACACUAUGUCCAGUCAUUUCUCAGUGAUUACAAUAAACCACCUUCAAAGUCUUUUCAUGAAGAAAUGCUAAAGAAUCAACAAAAGGAGCAAGAAAGGCUGGCCCAAGAAGAACAGCGACGGAUACAAGAUAUUCAGAGAAUGGAAGAGCAAAUGCAACGUGAAAUUCUUAAUGAGAUUCAGAAAAGGGAAGAAGAAAAGAAAGAAGAAAGGAAAAGGAAAGAAAUAGCAAAACAGGAACGGUUGGAAAGUGCAACAAUCCAGGAAAUCUCUACAAGUAGAGACAUUAUAGGGAACAAAAUAACUCCAAAUGGAGGUACUACAGAACAUGGAGGGAACAAUAAAUAUCGUGCAAAUUCCACUGGACGUUCAAAAAGAGAACGACAACAUUCUGCAUGCAGUAAUGAGGAUUCUCCAGGAACUUGUGAAUUGUUGUAUUUCAAUACCAGUGGUAUUGGUCAGCUUAAAGUACACAAAGGAAAGUGUAUAGAUAAAGAUGAGCAGCUGGGUAGAUCAGUGUACAAUGCUUUGGAGAUGUGCACCGGCAACUUUGUUCUAGUGUAUGAAUGGGUACUUCAGUGGCAGAAGAAAACUGGAAAAUUUCUCACAAGUCAAGAAAAGGAAAAGAUUGAAAAAUGCAAAAAGCAGAUCCAGGGGGCAGAAACAGAAUUCAGCUCUCUGAUGAAGCUAAACCACCCAAAUAUAGUCCACUACUUGUCUAUGAGCAGUAAAGAGCAAAAUAAUUCAAUUGUUGUCGAUAUUUUGGUGGAGCACAUUAGUGGGUCCACCCUUUCGAUGCACUUGGACAAAGAAAUCCCCAUUCCCAUGGAUCAGCUGCGUCAUUACACAACCCAGCUACUGUUGGCUCUUGACUACCUGCACAGUAAUUCAGUGGUCCACAAAGUUCUGAGUGCCUCCAGCAUUGUGGUGGAUACUGAAGGAAACAUCAAGGUGACAGACUACAGUAUUUCCAAGCGCUUGGCAGAUAUCUGUAAGGAGGACAUCUUUGAACAAACCAGAGUUCGAUUUAGUGAAGAUGCCUUGCCGAACAAACCAGGGAAAAAGGGAGAUGUGUGGCGACUGGGCUUGAUCCUGCUUUCUCUCAGCCAGGGACAAAUCACUAAGGAAUAUCCAGUCACGAUCCCAAAUGACUUGCCUGCUGACUUCCAGGACUUUCUGAGAAAGUGUGUUUGCUUGGAAGAUAAAGAAAGGUGGAGCCCUCAGCAGCUAUUACAGCACAGUUUUAUAAACCCACCACAAAUGAAAUUACCUGUAAUGGAAGAAAACCCAGAUGAUUCAGCAGGAAUAGAUGAUAUUGAAACUGUUAUUCCCAGCAGUCAUAUUGCUAGUGAUGUAUGCUUCACAGAAACACAAAGGCAAUUUUCUCGUUAUUACAAUGAGUUUGAAGAAUUACAGCUACUUGGAAAAGGAGCCUUUGGAGCAGUCAUCAAGGUCCAGAACAAAUUGGAUGGCUGCUGUUACGCAGUAAAGCGUAUCCACAUAAAUCCCACAAGCAAGCAGUUCCGGAGAAUUAAAGGGGAAGUGACUCUGUUGUCACGUCUGAACCAUGAGAACAUUGUGCGAUAUUACAAUGCUUGGAUAGAGAAACAUGAGAAGCCUUUGCUCAGUACCCCAACAAUGGAAAGCUCAGAAGGGAAAAAAGCAGUUGACAAGCAGGCUCUGAAUGGGAAGGGAGAAGAGUCCAUGGAUGCUAUUGAAGCAGAUGCCCCUCCUCCUGUUCUGACCAGUUCAGUUGAGUGGAGCACCUCGUGUGAGAGAUCGUCAAGUGCCAGGUUCAGUGGAGCUGAUCAGGAAUCCAGUGAUGAUGAUGACGAUGAUGAAGGUGGAGGAGUAUUUUCACAUUCAUUCUUGCCAGCAGCAGAUUCUGAAAGCGACAUCAUUUUCGAAAAUGAAGAUGAGAGCAGCAAAAAUGCUACAACGGAUGAAGAUUGCAAUGGGAAGGACACUCAUAGUGAAGAGGGUAGUGCAUCCAUGAUCCAGACUUUACACUAUCUAUACAUUCAGAUGGAAUAUUGUGAAAAGAGCACAUUACGAGAUACUAUUGAUCAAGGCUUAUACCAAGAUACCAGUCGCCUUUGGAGGCUUUUCCGUGAAAUUUUGGAUGGAUUAGCUUACAUCCAUGAAAAGGGAAUGAUUCAUCGAGAUCUAAAACCUGUCAAUAUUUUUUUGGAUUCUGAUGAUCAUGUGAAAAUUGGUGACUUUGGUUUGGCAACAGAUCAUCCAGCAUAUGCGACCGACACUAAACAAGGAGAAGUAGUUUCAGCUGAUCGUUUGGUUAAAAGUGAUCCAUCCAGUAAUCUAACAGGGAUGGUUGGUACUGCUCUUUAUGUGAGUCCAGAGGUCCAAGGGAGUACAAAAUCAACAUACAAUCAGAAAGUGGACCUCUUCAGUUUGGGUAUCAUAUUCUUUGAGAUGUCUUACCACCCAAUGUCUACUGCAUCAGAAAGGAUCUUUGUUCUCACUCAGUUAAGGCUCCCUUCUAUUGAAUUUCCAGAAGACUUUGAUGAAGUUAAGAAUGCAAAGCAGAAAUUGGUUAUCGCCUGGCUGCUGAACCAUGAUCCUUCAAAGCGACCAACUGCUAUGGAGCUGCUAAAAAGUGAACAUCUCCCACCUCCUCAAAUGGAGGAGUCUGAACUUCAUGAAGUUCUUCAUCAUACCUUAGCAAAUGUGGAUGGGAAAGCUUACCGGACAAUGAUGGGCCAGAUAUUCUCACAGCGCAUCUCUCCUGCAAUAGAUUACACUUAUGACAGUGAUCUCCUCAAGGGAAGUUUUUCAGUUCGAUCAGCCAAGAUUCAACAACAUGUAUGUGAGACAAUCAGCCGGAUCUUUAAAAGACAUGGAGCUAUCAAGUUGCAUACCCCGCUGUUAUUGCCUAGGAAUAGAAAACUAUACGAACACAAUGAAGCUUCAUACUUAAUGGAUCACAGUGGAAUGCUGGUGAUGCUUCCUUAUGAUCUCAGGAUUCCGUUUGCAAGAUUUGUAGCUAGGAAUAAUAUAACAAACAUAAAAAGAUACUGUAUUGAGCGGGUUUUCAGGCCUCGGAAAUUGGAUCGCUGCCACCCAAGAGAGCUCUUAGAAUGUGCGUUGGAUAUCAUCACUCCUGCUGGCAACAGUUUUUUAUCCAUUGCAGAAACAAUCUACGCCAUUUCUGAAAUAAUCCAAGAAUUUCCUGUGCUGCAGGAAAGAAACUACAGUAUCUUCUUGAAUCAUACUGCCUUAUUGAAAGCAAUCCUUCUGCACUGUGGGAUACCUGAAGAUAAGCUCAAUCAAGUUUACAGCAUACUGUAUGAUGCUGUGACGGAAAAGCUAACCAGAAGAGAAGUGGAAGCCAAGUUCUGCAACAUUUCUGUGUUGCCAAACAACGUUGCUCGGCUCUACAGAUUUAUUGAGCAAAAGGGGGAACUGCAAGACCUAACUGCAUUGUUAAACCCCCUGUUAAAGCAAAAAACAGGGGUCACCCCACUAGUGAAGCUUGGCAUGAAAGAGCUAGAGGAAACAGUGGGUUUAUUAAAGCAACUUGGUAUAAAAUUUCAGGUAUCCAUAAACCUGGGACUGGUUUAUAAAAUACAGCAACAUAAUGGAAUUAUAUUUCAGUUUAUUGCAUACGUUAAACGCAGACAAAGAAUCGUGCCUGAAAUUCUUGCUGCUGGGGGUAGAUAUGACCACCUGAUUCCACAAUUCAGAGGCCCGCAAGCAGUUGGUCCAAUUCCUUCAGCAGUUGGAGUCAGCAUAGCUAUAGACAAAAUAAGUUCUGCAGUUUUGAAUAUGGAAGAGCCUAUUACAGUGAGUUCUUGUGACCUGUUAGUUGUUAGCAUUGGCCAGACGUCGAUGACAAGAGCCAUCAAUAUUGUUCAGAAGCUCUGGGCUGCAGGAAUUGCUGCUGAAAUCAUGUAUGACUGGUCCCAGUCUCAGGAAGAAUUACAGGAAUAUUGCAGAUGUUCUGGGAUCACUUAUGCAGCCCUCAUAUCCGAUAAAGAAGGAAACCAUGUAAAGGUGAAAUCAUUUGAGAAGGAAAGGCAGACAGAGAAAAGGAUUUUGGAGUAUGAUCUAGUAGAUCAUAUGGCCCAGAAACUAAGGACCAAAGUCUGUGACGACAGAAGUUGCAGAGAAACUUCUGAUAAUCUACCAGUACAAAAUCUAAAGGGAUCAUUAUCUAGUUCUUCAGGUAUCUUUGAACCACACGGAACUGCAGUAAUUCCAAAUAUCAGUAUUGUUGCACCAGAGAAGUUAUCUGCAAGUGCUCGACGGCGUUGUGAAAUUCAGGUACAAUCCAGACUCCAGACCUGCAUUACUACCCUGCAACAGAAGACCAGUGAGGUUGAAAUUUUAGCAGUAGAUCUGCCAAAAGAAACCAUCAUACAUUUAUUAUCACUGGAGUGUGAUGCAGACGAGCAAGCAUUUUAUACGACUGUGAAACAACUGAUGUCGCGACUGCCAAAGCAAAGAUAUUUGAAAUCAGUUUGUGAUGAAAUCUACAAUAUCAAAAUUGAAAAAAGAGUGCCCAUACUUAUCUACAGUUACAGAGAUGACUACUACAAAAUUAUAUUUUAGUCAUGGAUGUUUAAUGGGAUUAAGGUAGAGCACCAUCUGGAACCAAAUACAUACUUCAUUAUAUUGCUGUGAAGAAACAUUUGCACUUCCUUGAGUUCUGGAGCUGAGAGCAGAACUAGGACAAUUACUGCCUUUAGUUCAGGUGCUUGACUCAGUCUAUAUAUAUUCUCUAAAGCUGUAAAUUUCCCCAGAAUGUAUUGUACAGAAUUUUUUUAAAAAUAAAGUCCUGUUUUUGGUGA